UCUAAAUGAAGCAACGUUUCGUUGUAGCUACAUGUACUCUCUUUCAAAAUGAGUAAACGAUAUGAUCUAGAAAAUCCUAAGGAUUUGGAAGAAGUACAUCGCCUUCUUCUCGACGACGAGGUAUCCAUUGAAGAUGAAGAUGCUCUUGCAGAAACUGAUUCAGAAACUGAAGAUAUACUCGAAACACGAUCUGUAGACUCAGACAUAGAUCAUGAAUUUGAUGAAGAGGAAAAUAAUGAAGCGCAGGAAACUGAUGAACAUUACUAUUUUGGUAAGGAUGGAACUAAAUGGAGGAAAGUGCCUUGGAAAGCAACACAGACAUGGCCUCAUAAUAUACUAACCAAACUGCCUGGGGUAGUUGGAGACGCAAAGAAAAUGGUAACUGAAAUUGACUGCUGGUGCCUAUUCAUCAGUAAUGAUAUCCUAGAUCUAAUUGUGGUCAACACUAACAGGCGUAUAGCUGAUCUAAAAGGAAACUUUGCUUGCGAGAGGAAGUCAGGUCGACUUCAUCGCAUCGAAAUGAUCGGUAUGAGAUGGGACUUGUCUGGGUGA